AUGUUAUAUUUUACUUCCUUUGAUUAUAACCCAAUUAACAAUAAUUCCAUUCACAAUUAUUUGGAAACAAAAGAGAAACACCUUUCACUUCAUGUGGGAGACACAUUGAUUUUACAACAAGAGUUAGGGGAUUGGUAUUUAGGAUGUGCACAAAAAAACAAAAAUUUAAAAGGAAUAUUUCCAAAGUCAUAUAUAAAAAUCAAAAAGAUAAAAGACAUACAACAACCGAUUGUUCAAGAAAUAACAACAGUUGUCAGAGAAUGGGGGACAAUACUUAAAGACCUCUAUGUGAAAAAUAAUAAAAAAGUUAAAGAUAUUGAAAGAAGAAUUUAUGAAUUGGUCAGGUUUCGAAGCGAAAUUCUCUCCGGUGCAUUACCCGUAGAUGAAAUGAAAAAAAUGAAAAGAAAAGUCGCUGCCAGGAUAGAUUUUGGUAACCACAUUUUGGGACUUGACAUGGUUGUUAGAGACGAUGAAUGUAAUAUUUUAAAUCCCGACACAACAUCAACCGUUAGUCUAUAUUGGAAACAUCAAAGAGCGACAGAAAAUAUAAAAAGAGCAGAGUUUGAAGAAACUCACAGACGGUCGAAACCUCAAAUAAUCAAUAAUCAAUAUUCGCACACAUUGUUUUUAUGUGUUCGAAAUUUUGUGUGUAAAAUAAACGAAGAUGCAGAAUUAUUAAUGUGUUUGAGCGAUGGGACAGUUCCUUUUACUGAAAAUUAUGUUGUUCGAUGGAGCAAAGAAGGUUUUGUAAGGGAUAUAAAUCAACUUCAUUCCUUGCGUGUUUUAUUCACGGAUCUUGGAAGUAGAGAUUUAGAAAAGGAAAAAGUUUAUUUAGUUUGUCAAGUGAUUAGAUUAGGAGCUAUGGAAUAUAAGGAAACGGAAAAAGAUAAUUUGCGAAAAAGCUCUCACAUAAACAAUAAAAAAUCAUAUAGUUUAGGUUCCGAUUGCAUGAGGCGACCCUUUGGAGUGGCUGCCAUGGACAUAACGCUAUAUCUUUCUGGUAAAAUUGAAGGCAAUGAAGACACAGAUAAUUUUAUUCCUUUUUUUCCGUGCGAAAAAGAAAGUUUAGAGCAAACAUUUAAAAGAGCUCUUUACAACAAAGAUGUCACUCAAAAAGAUCAUAAAGGUCAAGGUUUAUGGGUUUCGCUAAAAGUUUUACACGGAGAUUUAAAACAGGUCAGUGAAGAAAAUCCUCAUUUAGUUUUGGGUAACGUGGCCAUAGCGAGAAAAAUGGGAUUUCCAGAAGUUAUUUUACCCGGUGAUGUACGAAAUGAUUUAUAUUUGACUCUGGUGAGUGGAGAUUUUAGCAAGGGUGUUAAAAAUACGGAUAAAAACAUACAAGUUACCGUUACGGUUUGCAACGAAAAGGGACAAAUUAUUCCGGGUGUUAUUUAUAUGGGUGGCGGUGUAGAACCCCUUAACGAAUUCAAAUCCGUUAUCUAUUACCACGACGACAAGCCAAAGUGGAACGAAAUAUUCAAAGUGGCAGUACCGAUAGAAGAAUUCAAAAGCAGUCACAUAAAAUUUACUUUUAAGCACAGAUCUUCGAACGAAACGAAAGACAAAUCCGAGAAACCUUUUGCCAUGUCGUUUAUGAAAUUGAUGCAGGAAAAUGGAACGACCAUACCUGACACGAAACACACGCUUUGCGUGUAUAAAAUCGAUCAUAAAAAAUUCGACGAGACCGACAUUGGUUAUUUGUCGUUGCCGUGGACUCGUCCGGAUGAAAAAAUCGAUAAAAAUUCAUGUUCGGGAUUGAAUUUUUCCAACAAAGAUUUUUUUUUCAUAACGACAAACGUUUGUUCCACGAAACUCACUCAAAAUGUUGAACUUUUGGGAUUGCUCAAUUGGUCUUGUAAACCUGAAGGUUUGCGACACAGUUUAACGGCUUUUAGAAACGUUAGCGGAGGUGAAGUCGUCAAAUACCUGCAAGAUGUUCUCGAUGCUUUAUUCAAUAUAUUAAUGCAAAAUUCGGAUUCCGAUUUGUACGAUGAUCUAGUCUUUAAAUGCAUCUUACAUAUAAUUAGGCUUGUCAACGAGCGACAAUACCAGCAUUUCGGACCGGUUUUGGACGUUUACAUCCAGGAGAGUUUUUGUGCCACACUCGCGUACAAUAAACUAAUCGUCGUGUUGAGGUCUUACAUAGAAAGUGCAAACGUGAAAGAAUCGGACAAAGAUUUUUAUCUUAACAUAAUGAAAAGUUUAGAGUACCUGUUUCGAUUUAUUGUACGAUCCAGACUCUUAUUUUCAGAUUUAAACGUUGGACGAGGCCAAGAAGAAUUCGAAACUCAAUUAAAAUCGUUACUUAACGCAAUAGUGAAAUUAAUGAGUCAAGAAGCAGGAAAUCAAGAUCCGGCAUUACUCGUUUUGGUACAGGGAGCCUGUCUCAAGCACAUACCUUCAAUAAUACCCGAUUUGAUAAAAGUUUUUAACGUUAGCGAUUUAAGUUUGAUACUCGCGGAACUCGUGCAAAAAAUUCCAACUCAGAGAUUGGCUCAUCAGAAAUUGAUGUCCGUCAACGAAAUCGUCAAAGGACCCUUGUUCCUCAUACCUGUCGCGAGAGGUCUGUUGCUUCCUGCCGUGACAAAAUUAAUAAAAAAACUUUUGGAAACGAACGAUGAGAUCGAUUUAUGCGUGAAAGUUUUGAGCGAUAUAAUGGAGCUGUUGUUUAGAAACGACGUCGGAGCGACAAUUCACGACGUGACGGAAAUCAUGCUCACGGUACUCAGAACGGUCAUACAAACAUCAAUCGGUAUGGAUCGGGAAAAUUCGUCUGUCGCACCGUUGGUCGUGAUAAUGAUCGCGAUAUUUCGUCAAAUGACGGCUCAUCAUUUCGAAGUUUACGUCACUCAUUUUCAAACGAUUUACGACAGGUUGGAUUUUCUAAUGGAAAUCCUGUUGGUCUUUAACGAUCUAGUCUCACGUCCGGUUUUUCCAAAAGAUUGGUGCGAAAUGAUAAUGCUACAAAACAGCGUCAUACUCAAAAGCCUCCGUUUUUUUUCUCACACGAUUCGAGAUUAUUUUUUCAAUCCGUUCGAACAUCAGGCAUGGAAUAAUUUUUUUCACUGCGCCAUUUCCUUUUUAACGCAACCUGCUUUGCAAUUGGAAUCGUUUUCGGUGAAUAAAAAAGCUAGGAUCGUUUCCAGGUAUAACGACAUGAGGAGAGAAACGGGUUUCGAAAUAAGGAGCAUGUGGUUUAAUUUAGGACAAUUCAAAGUUCAAUUCGUUCCCGGUCUCGUGGGUGCCAUAUUAGAAAUGACUCUCGUUCCCGAACCUGAACUCCGACGUGCGACCAUACCUAUUUUUUUCGACAUGAUGCAAUGCGAAUUUUACAGUUCGAAAAAUUCAUGCGACGUUUCAUUCACGAAAAGGGAUUCGACGUCAAUAAAGGGAAAUUUUUCAGAGUUUGAAAACGAAAUGAUAUUCAAGUUGGACAUACUGUUCGAAGGGAAUUGCGGUGACGAAGAAUACAAAUCCUUAUUUAAAUCCAUAAUGCUUAGUUUGUGCGAACAACAUUCGUCGUUUAAAACUCAGGGUGUUAAAUUCGUCAAAACCGUGUCGAGACUCAUGGAAAGACUUCUGGAGUACAGGUCGAUAAUCACGGAUGAAAACAAGGAAAAUCGUAUGAGUUGCACCGUUAAUUUAUUGGAUUUCUACAGUGAAAUAAACCGGAAGGAAAUGUACAUACGUUACGUCAACAAACUUUGCGAAUUGCAUUUGGAAUGUGAUAAUUACACGGAAGCUGCGUUCACGUUGAAACUUCAUUCAUCUUUGCUCAAUUGGAGCGAAGAAAUUUUGAGCCCUCAUUUGAAAUCUCACAAGCAUCCCUCGUGUCAAACUCAUUUGGAACUCAAAGAAGCUCUAUAUAACGAUAGCAUUAAAUAUUUCGACAAGGGAAAAAUGUGGGAGUGCGCGUUGACCCUUUGCAACGAACUCAAAGAACAAUACGAAGAAUAUUUAUUCGAUUAUCGUCAGCUGAGCAUUCUUCACACGACGAUCGCGAGGUUUUACAAUUGCAUAAUGAAUCAAAUCAGGCCGGAACCUGAAUAUUUUAGAGUUGCGUUUUACGGAAGAGGAUUUCCGGUUCAUUUGCAAAAUAAAGUUUUUAUUUAUCGAGGUAAAGAAUAUGAAAGACUGACGGAUUUUAGUGGGAGAAUGAUGAAUCAUCUUCCAAAUGCAGAAUUGAUGAAUAAGUUGGAACCACCGGGACAUGAGAUAUUGGAAUCGUCGGGACAAUAUGUUCAAAUAAAUAAGGUAGAUCCCGUGAUGGACGAGAGAAAGAGUAAAUUCGUGGGUAAACGAGUACCUGAUCAAAUAUUAAAAUAUCACAGAGUGAACGACGUUCAAAAAUUUCAAUUUUCAAGGCCCAUUUAUCCGAACGGAAAUGAAAAAGACAACGAAUUUGGUAAUUUGUGGUUGGAAAGAACCGUCAUGGUGACGAGUUAUCCUUUGCCCGGGAUUCUCAUGUGUUUUCCCGUCACCACUUCCAAUACUUUCAGGAUGUCACCCAUCGAAACCGCGAUAGAAACGAUGAAAUCGACAAAUGGUUCGCUUCGAGAAUUGAUUAUUAGCUACGAUGCGGAUCACACUCUCCCACUUCAUCCUCUUUCCAUGAAACUUCACGGAAUCGUCGAUGCUGCCGUCAUGGGUGGCAUUGCAAAUUACGAAAAGGCGUUUUUCACUCCCGAAUACGAAACGGGACAUCCGGAUGACGUCAAACUCAUAGCGACGUUGAAACGAGUCAUUGCCGAACAAAUCCCUUUGCUCAAAAUAGGUAUUAAAAUUCAUAAGGAAAGAGCUCCACCUUCUCUCUUACCCUUUCACACGAGACUGGAAGAAUGUUAUGCGGAUAUGGAAACUCACGUCGAAACGAAAUACGGGAAACAGGAAUGCGACAUAAGACUCGAUUUAUUAAAUUCUCCAGUGAGAAAACGUACGAGCACGCCAUUAAAUUAUUCAUUUCAUUCGAGAAACAGCGUCGUUAGUCUCGCACCAUCCGAUUCGAGCGUCGGAUCGUCUUCACUGAAAACUUUGAUAAACAUUAAAACGCCAUCACUCCCGACGGCAACUUUAAGAACUAAAGAAAAAGGAAAAGAAAAAAGAAAAUCGAAAAAUUCAAAUAAGGAGUCAUCGUCGUUGGGAUCGAAUCACGUGAGCAAAGAAUAUUCUAAUAGUCAGUGGUAUACGGUUGCACCUGACAUUUCCAUGGUUCAUUCUCCAGGAAACGUGACUCCAGUUUUCGAAUUGAGACAAGAGUUGACUCCGAAGCGACCUCUUCGUUCGGAAGUUGAAAAAGAAAAAAGGUUGAGUCGACCGACGAGCGGACAAUUUUCCGUCGGAAAAUUAACUCAAGCCCUAUCGAUAACGAGCAGGUUGUCUCAGGCGUCACUCCAAAGCAGCAAUCGCGACUCCACAGGUACGACGGAAUCGACGACGAGCGAAGAAGAUCAAAUGCCGCCGCCGCUUCCGGUCAAACAAAGAGAAGCGGAUUAUUACAAUCUUCCGGAUAAUUACGACAGAAUCGUUAAAUCCGCGAGCGUACCGAGCACUCCUCUCGCCUGGAACAAAUCCUCCCAUCCAGGAUUCGACACGAUGAGACCGGAUUCUCGGACUUGCACCACUCCGACGCCGAAUAAAAAUUGA